AUGGCCACGCUGAAAGCUGCCCAGUGGGCUGCAUCCCUAACCUAUUCCUCGAUUCCCCCAGAGGCCACGCAAGCAGCCAUCCGGAGCUUUUAUAACUGGGUCGGCUGCACCGUCGGGGGCAGCAAUCACCCCGCUGCUUCCAUUGCUCGGAACUCGUUGUCCCGCUUCUUCGGGGCCCCGACUUCGACUUUGUUAGGGACCAAUGGAACCCAGGUUGAUGCCCAGCAUGCUGCGUUGCUCAACGGGAUCGCGUCGCAUGUCCAUGACUACGAUGACACGCACCUGGAAACCAUCAUACAUCCAACCGGACCCGUCGCAGCAGCCCUUCUAAGCUUUGCGCAGUCGCUGGAUCGACCCGUGUCCGGGCAAGAAUUCCUCACGGCUCUCGCCGCCGGGAUAGAGCUGGAGUGCAAGACGGGAUUGGCUGUCUGGCCGAGCCAUUAUGAUGUGGGCUGGCAUAUCACUAGUACGACAGGCUCUAUUGGGGCCGCAGUGGCGGUGUCUCGCCUCCUAGGUCUGACACCGGAGAAGACAGCCCAUGCAAUCGGUAUUGCCGCUACCCAAGUGACUGGUCUUCGCGAAAUGUUCGGCUCGCACACCAAGUCCUUCCAUCCAGGACGCGCAGCCCAGAACGGUCUCUUAGCGGCGGUCCUUGCUGCCGAUGGCUACACCAGUUCCUUGCAGGCUUUGGAGGCUAAGCGGGGCUGGGUGAAGGUCGUCAGUAAUGACGACAAGCUAACGCACGAAAUUGCCAGCCUGGAAUCUGAAGGCAAGUGGGAACUGGCGAAGAAUUCCUUUAAGCCCUUCCCCUGCGGUAUUGUGAUCCACCCAGUCAUCGAUGGCUGUGUUUGGUUACACGGCGAGCUGCAACGGAGGGGCCUACGACUACAAGAUAUCAAGGCUGUCCAUGUCACCGUACACCCGCUGGUUCUGGAGCUAACCGGAAAAACAAAGCCCAGAGAUGGACUGGAAGCCAAGUUCAGCGUUUAUCAUGGCGGUGCAAUUGGAUUGAUUUACGGAAAGGCAACACCGGCACAAUAUGAAGACGUCAUCGUCACCAAUCCGGAAACGAUCGAGGUGCGAGACAAGAUCGUCGCAACAGCGGCGGAGGAUAUCCGAGCCGAUGAAUGUCGGAUCCUGGUUGAGUUCGAAGCCCCGGCGGUCAAGAUUGAAAGACAUGUGCACCAUGCAGUUGGCAGUCUCGACUCGCCCAUGACGGACAGUCAGCUUAUGGAAAAGUUUAUUGACCAGUGUAGCCCAGUCAUCGGGGCAGAACAGGCACAGGCUAUCAGCGAUUGGUGCUGGAGCUUGGAAACAAAGAACGAUAUCCGUCAGAUCGGCCAGCUCCUAUAG